UGCCACUCGAGGCGCUGCAAUCUCAUCGAUUCUUCAUCGAUUUGUUUUCGUGGAGGAAAAUAAUAACAAAGAAUUUUUGAGCUGCUAAAUUAAUCAAUAUAUUCUCAAUUUCCUGGCUAAAAUACUCAAAUCAUUGUGACUGUCACGAAUUGAUAGGCAGACAAAACCACUCCAGCGAUUAGAUUAGGAGUUCUUCGAGUUCCUCUCUAAUCAGUGGCCAUCCAUGGUGAACAGGGUGUUUUAUCUGCUGCGGAGAGUCGUUCAGAGUGGCUUACGGGGCGCUCCAGCCGGACAAAGAGGUCAAUCGCGCGCCCUGCAGACAAUCUCUCUCACCAAGUCUUUCGGAGGAAAAACUUGGUUGCCAGCAUCGCCAGUGUUGUUCGCUUUCUCGGUAUUUGGAUACUCGUGGGGAUCGAAGGACAAGAUGAGUGAGAAGACUGUGACUGCUUCCGGAUCGACGGAAGAACUUAUUCCUCAGUCUGACCAGCUAUUUGAUGAGAACAAGUACAAAGACGCCUACGAAGUGCUUCUCAAUCAUCCCGAGCGCGACAGCAAUGUUGAGGUGCUGUGGCGCAUCGCUCGUGGCCACUACAAGGCCGCCAAGGAGAUGGACAACAAGACGGAGAAGGGCGAUACUGUCCGGAAGGGCUUUGAAUUCAUCCAGCGCGCCCUGGAGCUCAAUGACACGCACUAUGCCGUGCACAAGUGGUACGCGGUGCUGCUGGACGCGAAGAGUGAACAGGAUGGCAUGUGGGAGCGUGUGAAUCAGCUGCAUAAUGUGAAGCACCACAUGGUGCGCGCCACAGAGUGCAAUCCCGGUGAUCCCACGAGCUGGUGGAUCCUGGGAUGCUUCGAGUUCGGCAUCGCCGACAUGUCGUGGUACGUGCUGAAGCUGGUGCAGAAGAUCCUCAAGGAGCCGCCCACGGGCACGUAUGAGAAGGCGCUGGAGUGCUUUCUGCGCGCCGAGAACUUGCAGCCCAUGUUCUACACCACGAACCAUCUGUGGCUGGGCAAGUGUUACUCGGCGCUGAAGAAUCCCGAGAAGGCCAAGCAUCAUCUCAACAUUGCAGCCACGGCGCCGAUUAAGAACUACGACGACAAGAAGUGCCAGGAGGAAGCGCUGCAGCUGCUGAAGAAGUUAUGACGACAAUCCGCGGCUGAGAGAUUAUUUUCUUCAGGAUAAAUAAGGGCAAUUACUGGUCAAAUUGGGGAAUUAUGGAAUUUUUGUAUGAAGACAAUAAAGCUAUAAAGUAUUAA